AUGCUAUCCUCUUAUUCAUCUGAAUUUAUAAUACUAACAACAACUUUAAUAGUUGGUUCAAAUCCAAAUUUAGCUUUUUAUUCAUGGAGAAUUAAUCAACUUGAUUCUACCGAAUUAACUAUAGUUGAUCCAGAAAUUGAUUCAACUUUCCCCAUACAAUUUCAAUCAUCACUGUUAGGUUCAUCACAAUUAAAACCAAAUUAUUUUUAUAACUCUAUACAAAAUAUACCAACAAAUAAAAAAUUUGAUGUAAUUAUAUUAAGUUGUAAUUCAUUACAAGAUUUUCAAAUAAUAUGUUCUCAAUUAUCAAAUUUAAUAGAUGAUAAAUCAAUAAUAAUAGUUGAAUCAACUGGUUAUAUAAAUUUAGAACCUUUUAUAUCAAUGAGUUUAUCAAAAAAUUCUUCCAUAUGUGUAAUGUCAAUAAUGAAUGAAAGUGAUGUUCGUAAAAUUUCAAUAAAUAAAUAUCGUCAUCAAAUUAGAAAUAAUGAUACAAGAAUUUAUUUUGGUACAACUACAUCAACAGGAAAAUUAAAUUCAAAUUUUAAUUUUCAAAAAUUUUAUAAAGUUUUACAAAAUGUUCAAGAUAAAAGUAAUAAUGCUAUAACUUUAUUAAAAAGUAGUAACCCUAAGGAAUUUAUGACAUAUCAAUGGAAAUUAGCAUUACCAAGAAUUGUAUUAAAUCCAAUAAUGAUAUUAUUUGAAUUGGAGUUCCCAGAAUUAUUAAAAAAUCAAAUAUUAUCAAAACCUUUAGUAACUGGAUUAAUAAAUGAAUUAUUUAAAUUAAUUAAAAAAAUGGAUUGUAAAUUAGUUAAAGGAUUUGAAAAUGAAUCAAAUUUAUUAAAAAGUUGGUGUAAUAUUUAUCCAAUUACUAAAUCAAAUGAUAAUUUUAUAAAUUCUCCAAUAUUAUUUUAUAAUUUUUAUCAUUCUUUUAAUCUUGAUUUAGAUUUAUUAUUAUUACAACCAAUUUUAUUAGGUGAUGAUAAUGGUAUAAGAACUCCAUAUUUAGAAAAUCUUUAUUCAGUAAUGUGUCAAUAUAAUAAUAUUAAUCAAGGUUCUGCCAUUUUUUUCAAAAGAAAAAAUUCAAAUGAACAAGAUCCAAAUAAAUUAAUACAAUUAUCUAAUUUAGAUGAAGAAAUUAAAAUUAAAAUUGAUAAACAAUUACAAAUUGAUGCAAUUAUACAAGAUAAUGAAAAAUUAAAAACCAAACAAGAUAAUGAAAUAAGAGUUCAAGAAAUUAAUUUAAAAUCAAUACAACAAAAAAUUAUAGAUGUUGAAUCAAAAUUAUCAAAUAUAAAUUAUGAAUAUGAAAAAAAAUCAAAAUCUUUAGAAUUUGAACAUGAAACUAAAUUUAAACAAUUAAAUGAAGAAUAUAAUCAAAAAUUAAAAGAUUUAGAAAUUAAUUUUCAAAAACAAAAAUUAAGUGGUGGUAAUAAUCAUUCACCUAAUAAUUCAAUACAACCACCAGUACCACCUCAAGAAGAAUCAAGAAAUAUAAAUAAUGGAUAUAGAGAUUCAAUAAUGACACAAGAUGGUUUAUCUGAUUUGAAACAUAUUGUUCAAUAUGGAGCUACUUUAAAUGGAGAAACUACUCAACCACCAAACCAAUUACAACCACCAGUUCAACCACAAGCAAACAAAUCAACAAGUGAUAAUAAUUCAGAAAUAUUUGUUGAUACUCAAAAUGGUGGGGAUUUACCUCCUCAUAUAAUGCAAAAGGAAAUGGAAUUAAGAAGAAGAGAAGAAGCAUUAAGAUCAAGAGAAAGACGAAGUAGUAAUGGUGGUUUCCAACCUCAACAAUUUCCACAGCAACAACCUCCACAACAAUAUAAUUAUAAUCAACAACCUUAUAACCCUCAACAACCUCCACAACAAAGGCUGUAUUUUAAUCAACAACCUCAAUAUGGUCCACCACCAAAUAAUGCAUAUUCAGAUCAACAACCACCUCAUGGAUUACCAUCUGGUGGAUUACCACAAAAUCAAUUCCCUCCACCUUUAAAAUCAAAUGGAUCAAUGACUAAUAUGAAUAAAUAUAAUAAUCCACAACAAUACCCACCUCAACAAAUGAAUGGAGGUUAUGCACAACCGCAAUAUCAAACACAACAACAACCACCAAGAAGAUUAAGUUCAAUGCCUGGAGGUAUAAAUAGUUUUCAUGAUUAUCAACAACAACAACAAUAUAACCAACAAUUAUUACAACAACAACAAAUUCCUCAUCAACAAUAUCAACAAUCAAAUCAUUCAAGUUUUAAUAAUGCAGCACCAAUAGAUCCAUUUUUAGAAGGUAGAUUUAAAUCUAACCCAAAGAAGACAAAUAGAAGAUCUCAAAUGCCCAUUUUAUCUGGUAAUUUAGAUGGUUUUGAUAUGGGAGGUAGAGGUGGAAUGCCGCAACCUGGUAGUAAUAGAAAAUCAAUGAGUUUAACAAAUCAAUUAAAUUCACCACCACAGGCAAGAAGAUCAUCAAGUAAUCCAAUGUUAUUAAAUAUGCCUCAACAAAGUUAUAAUCAGCAACAACAUCCAGGUAUACCUCAAAAUUUACAAUCACAACAAAAUUUAACUCAAGUAAAUGAAUCAAAUUCAACAACAGCAAAUACUCAUUCAAAUUCAAAUUCAAAUUCAAAUUCAAGUUAUUUACAACCUCCAAAUAUGAAUAGUUCAUCAAGUUCAACAAAUACAAAUGAUACUCCAACAACUCAAUUACAUGAUCAUAAUGAUGAUGAUCAUGUUCAAUUAAAUGUUCCUUUAUAUAAUAAUAAUAAUUCAACUGGAAAUGUAAAUACGAAGUUAAAUGGAACUAUGAAUAAUGUAAAUGGUGUUGGUCAACCUUUAGGUGGAAUUGCUGAAUCUAAUACUGUUAAUGGAGAAAUUAAAAAGAAAAAGAAAUUUUUUGGAAGAGGAUAA